AUGGAGCGAAAACGUGAGCGCGUGGCUGAUGACGCGACCUCCAGCCCACCUCCUUGCAAGCGUCUAGAGAUUGGCAACGAAGCGACACGCACUUCUGGCCGUACAAAUAUGAUCGAUGACGAGCUCUCGAGCAUUGACGACUUAUUGCAACAGGAAGAGACAUCGCAGCGACAAACGUGGCAAAUCGGAAAGCGGGUGAAAAGGCUGUUAGAGCGUCAUGAAGAUGUACCCAUUUCGAAACAGCUGGACGCCUAUUUUCUGUGGGGUACCGCAUUGGCUCGUCUGGCCUCGUUGAAUGAAGACCCGACGUUAGCUGAUGCGGCGGCGGACAAGUUCCAGCAGAUCUUGCAGAUCAGUGGAGACGGAGCGGAGAGUGAAGAUGCCGUUGAUGCCGCUCUGGGUCCGGUGGGGUAUUCGCUUUGGGGCUCGUCGCUGCUGAUUGUCGCAACCGAGACGCAGAGUCGACAGGUGCUGGACCAGGCACUGACGAAAUUCCAGAGAGCAGUGGAAGUGGAUGGAGGAACGACGUUUGAGACGAGGUUUCAAUAUGCAAAGGCGCUCAAGGAGGGAGGAGAUCUGGUGGCGUUCUUGGAGGAAGACAAAGGUGCAGCAGGUGCGAACACGAACGACUACUACGAUAGGGCCUUACAGGUGUGCAAGAAGCUGGAGGAUAUCUAUCAAGUCGAGUCAAAAGCGCAGGAGAACGAUGUCAAAGAGACAAAACUGACGGACAUUGAGGACGGGUGCAAUGGUGAAGGACAGAACGGCGGCGACGACGACGACGACGACAAGGUGACGGUGGAAGACUUUGCUGAAGUGAAGUUGCUUGAGGCUGUGCUGCAAGGUGUACUUGAAGAUCCGAGCAGCGUGAAUAGCUUUUAUCGUACUGUUGCACUCUACCAGGAAGCUAUUGCACUGAAUCCUGGCAAUGCCAAAGCCUUGAUGGAGGCAACGGAUUACUUAGCUGCGAGGUGCCUGGCGAGCGCUAAUUUCGAUACGAUGCCGUCAGCUGGUGAGUGGGCCAAGCUGUUUGGUGACCUGGAAGUGCAGUACAAACGCUUGUUGGCCGACGUCGGCUUCGAUCUGCAAGAGUGUCACGAAAUCUGUCAUCGUAAGGACACUCAUGAUCAGAACGAGCCAGAAGAGAAGGAGAUCGAUGAAGAAGUGCCUUAUUUGCUCAACGCCCUCGGAAAGGGCCUGGCUGCGUUCGCGCGGUCUUUUCCACAGUUCGAUGGUGAUACAGCUCGAGGAAAGAAGAGACAGAAGCAAAAGUCGCGGAAGGCAAAUGGAAAUGCGCGUUUCACACACGCGGUUGAGGUGCUCCGCUCCGCGCAUCACUUUCAUGACAAGCUUGGAUGUUAUUACUUGGCGUGUUUGUAUGCAUCGCCGGCUUUCGAAGACGAAGGGGAAUGUCGUGUCUGGCUCGAAACUGCGGACAGCUACGGCGCGCUGGAGGACGAGUUUGACGUCCAAGCAUUUGCAACGAUGCACGGGAAAGCCUGGUUCAAGCACUUGGCUCAGCCACCCGCGCUAGUGACGGAAAUCGAUGGUAAAGAGCGAGAAAGUAGCGAAGAGGAUGACGGAUAG